CUAAAUAUAUAUCGAAGUAUGUAACAGUUCCACGUUCCUGUAUAUUAGCCAUACCUUGAAAUUACCAGCAAUCUGCAAUAUUCCUUCAUCUUCUAUGCUUUUACUUUGUCGUUACAAUCUGUAUCUGUAUUGUUAGCAUGCUUCGCGUUUAUCAUGCCUGCAUUUUACGAUGCGCAACUAUUAUUAUUAUUAUUAUUGAUAUUGUCAUCCAGCGAGCUGCUUGACCUAUUACAGCUGCCAAAAGCCUCUAAGCUGCUUUUCGUGCAUUUUUUUCUUCGCCCACAAGAUGAUAGCUAGUGUUAUUUGAUUUGAAGAUACGGCUUCACGAUCUGCAGAGGAGUGAAUAUGUGUUUGCUCAUGACGGCUGUUCCUUUUUAUACCUUUUCUCUUUGGACUCCACUAAUAGUUGCUUUCCUAUCUUAACUUAUCCCCCUAUACCUUACUCUGACGUCCUUCUAACUUCAAUCGUAAUAGAAUGGAAAGCGGGAUUGUUAACGUGGUUAUUGAUAGUGGUUCCGGCAUGUGCAAGGCUGGUUUCGCUGGAGAUGAUUCCCCUCGUGCUGUUUUCCCCGCCGUUGUCGGCUCGCCUGGCAAGGAUAAGAAGGACACUUAUGUUGGAGACGAGGCUCAAAAAAAACGUGCUAUCCUCACCUUGAAGCAACCAAAUGAGCAUGGUAAUGUCAUCAGUUGGGAUGAUAUGGAGAAGAUCUGGCAGCAUGUCUUCUACAACGAGCUUCGUGUUGCCCCUGAGGAACACCCUGUUCUCUUGGCCGAGGCUCCUCUCAAUCCUAAGCCUAAUCGUGAAAGAAUGACUCAGAUUAUGUUCGAUACCUUCAAUGUCCCUGCCUUCUAUCUCUCUAACCAGGCUGCUUUGUCCUUGGUGGCUGUGGGCCGUACCACUGGUAUUGUCCUCGACUCUGGUUAUAAUGCCACCUAUGCUGUCCCUAUUUAUGAAGGUUAUGCUCUCCCCCACGCUGUCCUCCGUCUCGAUCUUGCUGGCCGUGACUUGACUGAUUACCUCAUGAAGAUCCUCAUGGAGCGUGGUUACUCUUUCUCUACCUCUGCUGAGCGUGAAAUCGUCCGUGACAUCAAGGAGAAGCUCUGCUAUGUUGCUUUGGACUUUGAACAAGAGAUGCAGACCGCUGCUUCAUCAUCAGCUCUCGAGAAAUCAUAUGAGCUUCCUGAUGGUCAGGUCAUUACCAUCGGAAACGAACGUUUCCGUGCCCCUGAAGCACUCUUCCAGCCCUCACUUUUUGGCCAUGAAGGUGAUGGUAUCCACGAGACCGUCUUCAACUCUGUCAUGAAAACGGAUGUUGAUAUUCGUCGUGGUUUGUACGGAAACAUUGUUCUGUCUGGUGGCACCACCUUGUUUUCUAAUUUUGCUGACCGUAUCCAUAAGGAGGUUGCUCCCCUUACACCUGCCUCCAUGCAGAUCAAGGUCAUUGCUCCUCCAGAACGCAAGUACUCUGUCUGGAUCGGAGGCUCCAUUCUUGCCUCACUCUCAACCUUCCAACAGAUGUGGAUCUCUAAGCUGGAGUACGAGGAGGAAGGCCCUUCAAUUGUCCACCGUAAAUGCCUUUAGCACCCAACUAGCAUGGAUAGAUUGAAAGAAUGGAUGCUCUCUCUGAAAGGACAUACAUAUCAGGAAGCAAUGGCGUAACCACACGGAGAAACGCGUCUCGAAUGGCGGCUCGGAUCAAUAUUCUGUUAUCUUUUAUAUCUCCUGCUUUACUGGUACCAUUCAUUGUGGUGAGAGUGUUUGUUCAAUAAAAUCAUCUGGUGCAAGUCAUCCAGUUUGAAAGCUUCCUAAAAUAAAACGUAG